AUGAAUCGUUUUGGAGAUCCAUCUAUUGUAUCUCAUUAUCAGUUUACACGUUCAUCAGGAGCAACAUCUCGACCACAAUCAAGUUUACCAUCUAAGGAUGCUGUUACUGAUAUGUUUAAUGUUGGUAUUGAUAAUCGAAAUCAACUUCAUAGAUCUGAUUCACCAGUAUCAUCAUCAUCAAAACGAAUUGUUCGACAUCCAGUACAUAUUCCAACAGCUUCAGUUGUAGUUUCGCCUCCAAUUCUUAAUGAACGAAGUUCAACACCAGAUCAAAAUCUAACUCCUGAUCGACCAUCAUCAGCAUUUGUAAGUUCACGUUUUACUCAUUCAAUGCCAGUUCGAUUGAAAUCUACUGCUAUAUUAAUACCAAUAUCAAGUAAUGCAGAACCAAUAUCAUAUCAAAAUUUUCCAAAACAUAAUCAUGAAAAACGAAAAGUAGCAAAUGAUAAGAAACGAAAAAAACAACAAAAACAAAUGUUUUUCGAUAGACAAUCUGAAACAGAAACAUGGCAUCGUUUAAGACGAUCAUUAGUUGAACUUAAACGUCUAGCAGCAACACAAGAUAUUCUUAUUAGUCCAAGUAUGUCACGUUUUCAUUGUGAUGGAUAUACAUGUACAACACUGAAAGAAACUAUCAAUGAACAACAAGAAGAGAAAAAAGCAGCUUCGUUCAAAUCAGAAUCAGGUACAAUAUUUCGUAUUAUUUAA